CAACAGAGAAGUUUGCUUCAAACUUAUAAUACAGCAGUUAUAUGGGGAAGUCAUAAAUCUGUAGUCUUGGAAAGGUGCCUGAAAUCUUUUUCCCAGAGGAAGCUGAGAAUUUAAAUGACUUCUCCAUGAUCACAGAGCUAGUAUAUGUCAAAGUGAAUGUGUAGGGCAGCUAGAUAGCACAGUAGAUAAAGCUCCAGGCCUGAAAUCAGCAGGACCUGGAGUCAAAUUUGACCUCAGACACUUCCUAUCUGUGCGACCCUGGACAAAUCACUUUACCCCAAUUGCCUCUAGCCCCUAUUGUUCUUCUGUCUUGUAAUAGAUAUUUGUAUCUAUUCAUUACAAGACAGAAGGUAAGGGUUUGUUUUUUUAAAAUAAAAGUAAAUGUGUAUAAGGCAGGAAUUGAGUUGAUGUUUGGUUGGUUGUUUUUUUUUCUCCUAAGUCUGUAAUAUCCUUUUAUUCUUUAAGAUUUUUAGUGUGUAAUCAAAUCUGAAUUACUACUGUUUGUAAGCUCAUAUCUGAAGACUUAAGCAUUUGAAUUCAUUCAACCAAUUUAUUCAAUUAAAUCACUAUGGUAAAAAACAUGCCUUAUACCACAUAUUUGUGCAUGUAUAACAGAACACAGCAUUCAUUUAAAAUCUUUAUUUGGAAAGAAGUUAUAAAAGUUUAAAAGAGAAUCCAUUUAAAGGCUUCCUUGGAAGAUCAUCAUGUGAUUUCAACAAUUAAAUCAUGAUGCAUGGUUUCAGUGUUUUGGAGUUGACGAAGUUCCCAUUGUCUCAUGUUGUUUGUCACAUCUCUUCAUAUAUAUAGCCUUCUGACCAGGACCUUCUGACUUCAAGAUCAUCAUCCCCUCUAUUCACUGUGCCAAACUGCCUAGUAGGUUCUAUCUACAUAGCUUUAUUUUUUCUUAUUUCCUUUUCAAGAACUUUUUCAUCUUAUUUCAACUAGCUGGUUCCUUGAAAAGACAGCUAAGGCUUUUACCAAUUUUUUAAAAAGGAAAAGUAUUUUGGCAUUAAAAGUUACAAUUGCUUUCAUAAGCCUGAAGGUAGGCACAAGAAGCAGAGCAAUGCUCUCUCUUCAGAGCCUAGCUAGCUACAUUGUCUGUUCUCAGCAGAUAAAACUAUGUUGAGGAAGAGUGAAUUGUUCUUUUCCACAUUCUCUGGCUCCUGUCUAGAUGAUUUACAACUGAAUAAUGAUUGAGAACUGGAAAAGACCUUUAAAAUUAUCUAGUGAUUCCAUUCCAACCCCCUUUAUAACGUGAGAAAACUGAGUACUAGAAAGGUAAAUCUAAUUGUCCAAGGAAUAAAGGAAAUUUCAAAUUAUCAAUGCCUGUCUAAUAUGAUUGACAGUUCUUGUGGGGGAGGGUAUUAUUGGUAAAAUGAGGGAAUGGGCAUAGUUUCUCCAUUUUAAAGUAGAAUCCCCCAAUUCUUUUCUACACUAAUGUCCUUCUUGUACAACAUUUCUGCAUGCAACUGUGACUUGCAUUUUUUUUUAUUCUGGUAAUGGAGAAGAUCUUUUUUUAGGCUUCAGAUCAUGAUUAUUUUGACAUUUAUUUAGUUUCACUUGGUAUGGUGAACUGUAACAUUAGCUUCUUUGCACAUUCAAUAUUGUGGCUGUUUUUUGUAUAUAAAAGUGAAAUGAGCAAAUAUGUUGGCAUUUAUUUCCUCCUCUUUCUCUUCUUACAGGAAUUGUUUACUGGAAGGCAGUCAGUACAAAUACUGAAAAUCAGAAAAACAGGAAAUAAAACUGAGUAGGAAGCCAGAAAUCAUGUGACUGAUGACUAAGUCAGACUUUUUCUUCUUACAGGAAAGAGUAAGAUACUAAUUCACUGCUCUCCUUUUUUCAUUUUGAAGCUUUAAAAGAUAAUUAUGCUUCAGAUUGUAUUUUUCUCCAUCCUGUUUACUUUCACAUUCACUGAAUCAAUGAAAAAUGAUUGGACCUGCAACUCCCAAGAUGCAGAAAUAACAUAUUCUUCCUGUGAUGCCAAGAAGCCCAUACCAAUAAUAAAUAUUAAUCCCUGUUUAAGUUGGAGGAAGACUAGAGGAAAUUUGUCUUUUUACUAUGUGCCACGGAAAGACAUGAAAGAACUAUAUUUUAAUGUUCAUAUGGAAUUAAGAUCAGCUAUAAUAGUACCAAAGAGAAAAGAAGUUAUAUGCCGUGGGGUUGAUGAUAAGUACUCAUUCUGCAGAGUUUUAAAAGGAGAGACCAUCAAUACAACAGUGCCCUUUUCCUACUCAUCUCUAAAGUUUCCAAAGGGAUUAUAUAUUUUUAUUGCAGAAGCCUUCUCUGGUAGUACAGAAGAUUCAAUGUUUUGUUGUAAUAUUACACUCAAACUCAAAUAAUAAUUUUAUACAAGAAAUAAAUUUAUUUUAAAAAUGAAA